AGACGACACAGGGUGGUCGUUUGGUUGGUUAUGGCGACGUGGGUAUGGCUGGGUGUGUCGCCGGCUGGAGGCGUCGCUGGACUGGGGAUGGUGAAACAGCAGUGGUCGUGGUUUUCCGGUAGUGUUCGAUGGUGGAUGACAGUAUGGGACGAUGAGGCUGGUGGACUGUUUGGUCGACGGGCUAGACGCGAUGGAGGGAGCCGGGCAGCAGCCACAGCAAUGGAUAUUUCACUGGUUGUUCACGAUAGGAAGGUGAGCUGGUGGCGGGGAGCUGGUCG